AAAAAUAGGGACGGAGGAAGAGAGAGAGUAAGAAAAAGAGAGAAGAUCUGUCUGUUGGCUGAAUGAGCACAACCUCCUUUUAGUUUGGCCACAGUCCCCUCCUUCUUGCCUCAGAUAUAGAGUGUUUUUAGAAGCAGUCGAGUCAAUCAGAGCCGGGUGUACAGGAGAGCACACUGUCAGGAUAUUCCACCCUUACGCACACGCAAACACACACAUAUACUAACGCACAAUCUCUCACAUCUCCCUCUCGCACACGCACAUGGAGUACUACUGGACCCACCUACUCUGGAUUCUCUGGAGCGUGAUGCCAGGGUUCCAUGACUGUUUCAACAUUGACACCAGAAAUCAUCGGAUCAUAAAGGGCCCCAGGCAGACACAGUUUGGCUACACUGUCCAACAACACAUGGCUGGGGGACAGAAGUGGUUACUGGUAGGAGCCCCACUGGAAACAAAUGGACAGCAUCAGACAGGAGAUGUGUAUAAAUGUCCCUUAAGCAGAAGAUCUGGAGGACCCAGCUGCACUAAACUUAAUCUUGGAAGGAUAUCGCUGACAAAUGUCUCUGAACGAAAGGAUAAAAUGAGACUUGGAAUGACUCUUUCAUCCAACCCUAAAGACAACAGCUUUGUGGCUUGUGGUCCCCUUUGGUCGUAUGAAUGUGGCAGCUCGUACUACAGUACUGGAAUUUGCUCCAGAGUCAAUGCCAGCUUUAAAUUUUCCCGCACUAUCGCUCCUGCCUUCCAAAGGUGUGAGACGUACAUGGACAUAGUGAUAGUCCUGGAUGGUUCAAAUUCAAUCUACCCCUGGAACGAGGUUCAAGACUUCCUUAUCAACAUCCUGCGGAAAUUCUAUAUUGGACCUGGACAGAUUCAGGUUGGAGUACUGCAAUAUGGAGAAAAGGUGGUGUCUGAGUUUCAGCUGAAUGACUUCCACUCUGUGGAGGAUGUGGUCAAAGCAGCCCGUAAGAUAGGCCAGCGAGGAGGAGAAGAGACCAACACUGCCCUGGGAAUCAGUGUUGCACGAUCAGAGGCCUUCAAACAGGGAGGUAGAAAGGGAGCAAAGAAGGUCAUGAUCGUCAUCACAGAUGGAGAAUCACAUGACAGUGCUAACCUGCAGCAGGUCAUUGAGGACAGCGAGAAGGAUGGCAUCAUCCGAUAUGCCAUUGCUGUACUGGGCUAUUAUAACCGCAGAGGCAUCAACCCUGAAGCUUUCCUCAAUGAGAUCAAAUACAUCGCUAGUGACCCUGAUGAUAAGCAUUUCUUUAACGUGACAGAUGAAGCAGCUUUGAACGACAUUGUGGAUGCUCUGGGAGAGAGGAUCUUCAGUUUAGAAGGGACUAGCAAGAAUGGGACAGCAUUUGGUCUCCAGAUGUCUCAAGCUGGCUUCUCCACACACAUAGUGGAGGACGGUAUUCUAGUGGGAGCAGUGGGUGCUUAUGACUGGAAUGGGGCUGUGCUGAAGGAGACUCGUCAGGGUAAAGUAAUCCCGCCAAAGUCAUCUUAUGAACAAGAGUUCCCAGAAGAACUGAAAAACCAUGGAGCGUACCUGGGUUACACAGUGACAUCAGUGGUUUCAGCUCGCAGUGGCCAGUUAUAUGUAGCAGGAGCUCCUCGGUUUAAUCACACGGGCAAGGUCAUCAUCUUCACCCUGAAAAAUACUGGAGAGCUCACUAUACUAGACUCACUCAAAGGACAGCAGAUUGGGUCAUACUAUGGCAGUGAGAUUGCUCCAGUGGACCUGGAUGAUGAUGGAGUGACUGAUAACCUGCUGGUGGCUGCUCCCAUGUUCUUCAGUGGAGGCUGGGAAAAGGGUAAAGUCUACAUUUACAGAGUCACAGAGCAGCCUGAUUUCAUAUUGGAGGGCUCGCUGGAAAUCUUAGAUCAUGGUCAGAAUGCCCGUUUCGGCUCUACACUGGCCCCUGUGCCUGAUCUUAAUGGGGAUUCAUUUAAUGAUGUGGUAAUAGGAGCUCCACUAGAGGAUGACAACAAAGGAGCCAUUUACAUCUACCACAGCCAACACAACAGAAUACUGAGAAAAUAUAAACAGAGGAUUGGUGCUGUUCAGCUGGCCCCAGGUCUGCAGUACUUUGGUCGUAGCAUCCAUGGGAAAAUGGAUAUGAAUGGAGAUGGCCUGGUGGAUCUAGCUGUGGGCUCCCUCGGUGCUGCAGUACUUCUGUGGUCUCGAAGUGUUGUCAGAAUCCAUGCCACUGUUCGAUUUGAGCCCAGCAAGAUCAACAUAUUCAACAAAGACUGUCGGAGAGGAGGGAAAGAUGUGACCUGCAUGUCUGCUAUCGUAUGUCUGAAUGUCACAGCUCGGACUCCUAACAGAGCCUCACAGGAAAUAGCUCUUAGCUACAAUGCUUUCUUUGAGGAGAAGCGCUUCAACCCUCGAGCUGUGUUUGAUGACCCAGAUCGCCAGCAGCCGCAGAAUCUUACACUGCUUCCUGGAGAGGAGACAUGUGACCACAUCUACUUCCAUGCCAUGGAGACUACAGACUAUGCCAGGCCCAUUAUAUUUACUGUAGAGACUGAGCUUUUGGACCUGGAUCAAGGCCCAGUUCUGGAUGAUAGCUGGCCGACUACUGUGAAAACACAGCUUCCCUUCUGGAAUGGGUGUGACGAAGAUGACCAUUGUGUUCCAGAUUUGGUGUUACAAUCUCAGACUGAUUUAAUGAAUAGCAAGCAGUUCUGUGCCCAAGCAUUUCGAGCAGGCAGUCUGUUAUGUCAGAGUCAGAUGUCAGCAGAACCUUCUGAACGCAUUAUAGAGGGAUCCAGGAGGAGGAUGGUAGUAGACGUACGUCUAGAAAACAGAGGGGAGAAUGCAUAUGGAGCUCAGCUUAACAUCACUAACACUCCAAACCUACGCUUCUCCAGCCUUAUAGUGAAGGACAACUCUGAUAUACAUAUAGACUGCCGUACUGAGAACAGGCGAAAAUAUGAGAAAUCUUGCAAUAUCAGUGCACCUUUUUUGAGAGCAAAGUCACAGGUAGCAUUUCGUUUGGAAUUUGAAUUCAGUCACUCUGUGCUGCUGGAUCAUGUACAGAUCAUACUGGAGGUUACCAGUGAGGGGGAGGAAGUUGUCCUACAUGACAACAUUAAUGACAUUUUCUUCACUCUGAAAUACGAGGCUGAUCUGCUCUUCACAAGGGAUUUUUACCCUACCCGAUAUGAGCUUAAACCUGACCUCUCUCUAGAGGAACCAAGUGAUUUCAACCCUCCGUUCAACUUUACCUUUCAGAUCCAGAACCUUGGUUAUUUUCCAGUCCAAGAUUUGCAACUGUACAUUGCAAUCCCUGAGGUCACGAAAAAUGGCAAUCAACUCCUGCAGAUCAGAGAUUUCCAUAUUGACCAGGUCAGUGGAAGUCAUUGUAUCCUCCCUCAGCAUGUGGCACACAGUCGGGCGUCUCCGGAGGACCUCUCACGAACAUCACGACUGAACUACUCCAACACCCUGACAAUGCCAGUGCAGUGUACCAUCAACCUGCCUUCCUACAGAGACGUCAGCGUGAAAAUUGGUGGAUCCCUCCGUACUGAUGCACUGCAUGCGCUGAAGUUCAAAGCCCUCGAGCUGGUGACGACAGCCUCAGUGGAGCUGAACCCUUCCAGCCCUAUGUUUCUGCCCGAAGAGAGGCCGGUCAGACAUAUAAUCCUAGAGAUCAGGAAACAGGAGGAUUACCGUGUUCCCAUCUGGAUUAUCAUAGGCAGCACACUUGGAGGCCUGGUACUCCUCUCACUCCUCAUUCUGGCACUUUGGAAGUUGGGGUUUUUCCAAAGGCAGAAAAGGCGUGAGGAGACUGAGAAUGAGGCUAAUGGUAAGAUGAUGGAAGAGCGAUAACGCAGGCUGCUUAAGAGGGUUCAGGCAGGCCUACAUCUCAGGGACCAACCAACAGCAACAUUAGACGUCUCCGAAACAGAGAAGAAGGCAGAAAGAGAGGAAAACAGGACUUUAGGCAAUGAAAGGGGGGGAUUGCUCUGUGCACUGGACAACCUGUUGUUCACCCAUGAAAGAAACUGCAAUGGUGCUCACCAUGCCUGCACUGCUUACUGAGCCAACCCUGCAGAUGGGUCUCCAAAUCACUUCUCAUUCUAGAUCAAAACCCUCAGAUGACAUGAUGAGGACAUCCUUCUGACAGAAACUUUUUAGAAGAUACAUUAAAAAAAGAAAAGCUUUUUUCUCCAGAGGGUCCUUGGAAGCGCAGUCAUUCCUUGGUCAAAUCCGAUGCUUGUCUCUGCAAAUAUACAAGGGAAACCUCAAAGGGCUGUAACUCUAUAAAACAGACAUGUUUUCUGGUGCUUCCUCUUGGACAUCUCCAAAAAGGGACAUCUUUGAGGAAAAAAAAAAGUGCAAAAGUUAGCUCAUUUUAUUGUAAUGCACGUCAUUAUUAUAUGUAAUGUAAUAUUAGGCACUGGAGUAUGUAGCUCUGUUUUUUGCAGUGGUCAUAAUUUAUUGAAUAGAAAAUGAACUCUUGUGGACUUUACUACAAUUAUUUUUAAAGAAUUAUUCUCCUCUAAUAAUCUAAAUAAUUAUACAUCAACAAUUUAUGUUUUUCUAUAUGCUCAUUCUUCAGUCUCAUAACAAUAGAGGUGGGCAUUUAAUUUUUGACUUUUUAAAUAUUGAUGCACUUUUUAUACUGUAGUGAUACAAACUUGAAUUUUGUAAAUAUACAGGCCAUCUUUGUAACAAAAAAGUUCAAUUGUUGCUUUCAUGAGGAUUGUGGCAUUGCAGUGCAUCUCUAUAGUGAGACAUUAGUCCUAGUUAAACUUCCAUGAUAGAGCAGGCAGCACAUCCUCAAAUAUGCUUCACACCUCAACAAGUAGCCUUUGAGAAAAGGUCAACCAGACAGAUGAUGAUUCAUGCAUUUCAAUUAUUAAGAAUAUUGCUCAAAUGUUCCCUAACAACAAAAUAUGUUGAGUGUUUACAAUGCUAUAAAACAUCCUUAUAAUUUGCAGAUUUAUUGUAGUCAGGGAUCCCUAUUCUCCAAUGCUUCAUCGUAUAUAUGUGUAAAUAUACUGUACAUGUCCAAGAAUAUAAAAUAAAUAUCUAAAUAAAGAAUUUGGAAAAAGAAA